AUGGGGAGUGGCAGCUCCCAGGCCGGCCAGGGCCCCGAUUCAGCCCUCCCCGCCCCCCGCUCCGAGCUGCUCUUCUGCGGCUCCUUCCCCAGCAAGUGGCACGAGAGCGUCUUCCUGGAGAACGAGCUGCUGACCUCCAAGAUCCUGUCCGUCCUCCGGCCGCAGCCGGAGGGCCGGGGGCCGAGAGCCGGAGGGGCCCCCCUGGCCCCCCGGGUCCUGAGCGCCAACUCUCUCUUUGCUUCCCUAGCUGCCUCCCUCCGGGAGCCGCCCCGCAGCGUCCUGCUGGGCCCAGAUGGGGGCGCCCCCGGCCUGCCCCGCAGCCUCGGCAUGACGAUCGUGCAGAGGGGCAGCCCACCGUUGCAGCUGAGCGCCGCCGCCACGUCUGCUGGGGCCCUCGGGAAGCUCGGACCCGCGGGGGGAGGAGAGAUGGACGAAGGCGAUGGGGUCUUCAAAGCCAAACCGGCCCCCGAGGAUGUCAGCUCUCUGGCCUCCACCACCACCGCCACCACCGAAUCUGUCUUUGUGGAAGAUACCCAGUUUGCCUCCUUGCAGAACGAGCUGGAGGCGGACGCUCGGGAGUUUGCAGCCCAGUCCUGGAGCCUGGCGGUGGAGCAAUCUUACGUGAAGCAGCAGCAGAGAGAAGUCAUCAAGAGGCAAGACGUCAUCUAUGAGCUGAUGCGGACGGAGAUGCACCACGUCCGGACGCUGAAGAUCAUGCUGAAGGUCUACUCGCGAGCCAUGCGGGAGGAGCUGCAGCUUGGCCACGCCGUCAUCCAGCGCCUCUUCCCGUGCGUGGACGAGCUGCUGGAGCUGCACGAGGCCUUCCUCUUCCAGCUGAAGGAGCGGCGGAAGGAGGCCUUGGAAGGAGGGAGCGAGCAGAACUACGUCAUCCACAACAUCGGUGACCUCCUGGUGCAGCAGUUUUCCGGCGAGACGGGAGAGCGGCUGAAGGAGAAAUACGGCGUCUUCUGCAGCAGCCACAGCGAGGCGGUCGGGUACUACAAGGAGCUGCUGCAGCAGAGCAAGAAGUUUCAGAACUUGAUCAAGAAACUCGGCCAUUCUUCCAUCGUGCGGAGGCUGAACGUCCAGGAAUGCACCCUCCUGGUGACGCAGCGCAUCAUGAAAUACCCUGUGCUGGUGGAGCGUGUCAUUCAGAACACGGAAGCCGGCACCAAAGAAUACGCCGACCUGACGCAGGCGCUGGGGCUGAUCAAGGAGGCCAUCACGGCGGUGGACGCCCAGGUGAACGAGACGGAGAAAGGGCAGCGCCUGCGGGAGAUUGUCAGCAAGAUGGAGCUGAAGUCCUCGGGCAAGUUCAGGAACGGCCUGGUCUUCCGGAAGGAGGACGUGCUCCAGCGGCGCUUCCUCCUGGACGCGGUGCUGUCUUGGAAAGCCGCCUCCGGCCGCCUGAAAGAUGUCCUGGCUGUCUUGCUGACGGAUGUGCUUCUGCUGCUGCAAGAGAAAGACCAGAAGUACAUGUUUGCCUCCAUGGACUCGAAGCCGCCGGUGAUCUCUUUGCAAAAGCUGAUCGUCCGGGAAGUGGCCAACGAGGAGCGGGCCAUGUUCUUGAUCAGCGUCUCCAUGAAAGGGCCGGAGAUGUACGAGAUUUAUACCAACUCCAAGGAGGAGAGGAAUUUCUGGAUGGCGCAGAUCCGCAGGGCGGUGGAGAGUUGUCCUGACGAAGACGGUGGGAUCCUUCCCGACGCAGAGGAAGAAAGAAGGCGGGCCGAAGCGAGGGCGGUGAAGCUGAAGGAAUUCCAAGACCGCCUGAGCCUGAAAGACGAUGAAAUCCUGGAGCGCCUCAGCGAGAAACAGCAGAUCUACCUGGAGAUGGCCGAGAUGAACGGCUUCGAGGACCCGGCGCCUGGCUCCCGCAGCCGGGCCUUCUACCGCGCGGAGUCUCCGGAGAGCCUGCAGGGCGAGGCCAUCCUCAAGAGAGCCGUGAUGGAAGUGGAGGGUCUCCAGAACCUGCUCUUUGUCCAGUUGGGGGGGAACGUCAGCUCUUGCACCGAGGACGCCUCUGGGCCCAGCCUGCUGAGGCGAGCGGAGACCUUCGGGGGAUACGACAGCGCCACGGCCGGGCUGCCCAAAACCGGCAGCUUCAAGAAGAAGGUUUGCAGUGGGGAGCCGUGGCCGCGGGAUCACCGAGGCCUCCCGACCGACGCGGAGGCGACGUUCACGGAGCCUGCUCCUGCCAAGGACGACGGGCCGCCACCGCCGCGCUCAGGCGACACCCCAAGACUGGAGCAGUCCAGCAGCCUCCAGCCGCUGCUGGGAACCGAGUCAGAGCUCCUCCAGAGGAUCCAGACGCUCUCGCAACUGCUGCUGAGUCUCCAGGCGGUGAUGGCCCAGCAGGACAGCUACCUGGAGCUGCAGCGGAGCACGCUGGCGGACCGGGAGAAGCAGUUCCGGCUGCAGUCGACGCGGGGCAGCCUGCUGCUGGAGCAGGAGCGGCAGCGCAACUUCGAGAAGCAGCGGGAGGAGCUGGCCGGCGUGCAGAAGCUGCAGGGGCAGCUGCAGAGCGAGCAGCGGCGCUGGGAGCGGGAGCAGGAGCGCCAGCGGCAGGAGCGGGAGGCGGCCGAGGGCCGGCUGCGGGAGCGGGAGGCGGCGGCCCUGCGGCUGCGGGAGCGCCUGGCCCAGGAGCGGGAGGAGCUGGAGCAGCAGCGCCAGGCCUACCAGCACGACCUGGAGCGGCUGCGCGAGGCCCAGCGGGCCGUGGAGAAGGAGCGCGAGCGCCUGGAGCAGCUGCGCAGGGCCAAGACGCAGCCGCCCGCCGGGCCGGGGCCCUUCUCCCCCGAGGCGCACGGCCUGAGCCACUCCGUGAGCUUCAACGGCGAAGGGCUGGAAGUGGGGACGACGACUCCGACGCCCCCCAAGGCCAGCGGGCGCGCCAGCAUCUCCGGCGCGGACUACCUGGAGCGGGCGGAGCUGGCCCGGCGGGACAGCGGGGCGCUGGACGGGGGCCGCCCCCUGCUGGCGCUGAAGGGCGAGGUGCCCAUCCACCUGCUGAGCGCCACCAACCAGCUGCAGAAGCCGGCGGCCGUGCAGCAGCAGAUCCCCACGAAGCUGGCUGCCUUCACCAAGGGCAGCAAGGAGAAAGGGGGCAGAGCCGGCAGGGCCCCCUCCCACCGGGCGGACAGCACGGCAUCGCUCGACAUGCGGCAUCUCCUGCCCACCAAGCCGGCUGGCAAGGAGGAGCCUUUUCCCCGGAGCCGGCUCUCCGCCAGCCCCGUCUUUCCGCACAGCCAGAACGUCGCCUUCCCAUUAGAACCGCCUGGCGCGGCCGAGAGCAGCCACGCCGACGCGCCUCCGCCUGCCUCCGCCAACCUCUUCAAGCCCAAUAGCGUGCACGCCCUUUCGCCUGCCCUGGAUGACGGUAGCAAGGAGGACGUGAUCUUCUUCUGACCAGCACCCAAGAAGGCUCCGAGGAGCGUCCGGAUUCUGCGCCUCGGCCCGGUUGCUCGUUCGGAGCCCGGAGCCGGACAGACUACCCCCAGAGAGCUGUUUGAAAUGGAGGAGGGCGUUUGGGGGCGGGGGGGGGGCGUUCUCCAUAAGGCGCUGGGCGUUGUCUGCCUUUGCCUUUGCUCUGAAGCCACUUCUGUGACGUGGGUGGAGGGGAGGCCUUAGCAGCACUCUGUGCCUCUCUCGCCCUCGAACGUGGCGAAGGGGACGCACGAGGAUGCUUGAGAUCCCCAGGGCACCUUUUGGGGGGGGGGGGCGUGGACUUUCGCUCCUGCCAAAGACUCUGCCGCCCGUAGUGGCCGACGCCUGCCAAGGCAGCGGCUGGCCCGACGGCACGGAGCGCCCCCCGGGUGCUGAAAUGUUCCCCAAAGGGAGGGAACGAAGAACCGUGAAACCGAACCACUAGCAGACUUGUCCUGGGAAGUGGGCUGGUUCCCUCGUCACACCGUUGCCUGUGUCUCACAACAGUCCUGCUGCUCGGGGUCGUGCCAGGCUUCUCGGGGGAGUCUGCAGUCUCAACCAAAUUGGGAGCCCGCCUCCCCCCCGCCCGCCUCCGCCAUUUCCAAGGGAUCUUCCUCCCGCUCGCUACAUCCCUUGCCCGGGGUCUGCUGGGUCGGGAGUCGUCGUCGUCGUCGUCGUCUCCUGCUUUGCUACGCUAAAGGGAUCUUUCCGAAGAGGCCGUACCACGAGACGGGGGUGGGGGGUGGGGGGAGCGUGAGUGAGGCUGGUUUCCCACAAUCCUCUUCUCAUCAGAGGACGCUUCUCUUUAAGGAAACACCAGCGGCUGCUGCGUCGUUAAAACCCCUUUCCAGCGCGUUGCUUUGGAAUGAAGUUUUGGCCCGCCAAACGACAAGGCCAAGUGCCCGGCUUGCCUUCUUUCCCGAGGGUCACUCUCUGGACAUUCCGCCGUUGUGUCCUGGCGACCACGAGUGCUGCUGUCGGUCAUGGGGGGAGAAGACGAGCCCCCCUGCCGCCACCUCGCUCUGGCUUGUAACCGUUUCUGCUGCAGCCAUUUGGACGCCCAAGAGGGUCCGGGCACCGAGAGGUAGCGGCAAAAGUUGCCUCUGCAGCGGAUCCUCUGUGUCGAUGGACAGGAAUCUUCCCAGAGACGCCUUGCGGAAUCUAGGUUGCAGUUAAGCCAGCCUCUUGCAGCCUGACGCCCUCCAGACGGGUUGGCUUAGCCUUAAACCUGGGAAGGAGAAGACCUGCAAGCCAACCCACCUGGAGGGCGUCACAGUGGGCAGCGAGGAAGGAGCAGGAGUUUGCAUCUUCAUACCCUCCGUCGGCGCUGCCACACCCCCGUUUCCCCCUCGCCGUUCUCCUCCUCCGUUGUCUUCGCAAUACUGGCGGGCUCUGUGUCCCGACAAACCACUUGUGCCAUGCUUAUCAGUGUUUUUAUACGUGCGUCUUGUCUAUAUAUUGGUACGGAAAAAGAAUCGGAGCACUUUAGGAAUAUGUGAAGGGGUGGAGGGGGGUGGUCUUUUUAAGGAUGUUUUCCUUCCCUUUCUGUCUCUUGUGGGGCAAGGAAGUUUCCCUGCGGAGGGGCCCGUAGCGAACUCUCUUGUCCGCCCAUUGCAGGUUGCCUCCCGUGGCGUCCGACUUUUUUUUAAAAAGGGCCUGUCUUGCGCUUUGCGGCUGUGCCGAUUGGUUCUGAAGUGGAAGAAGCAUCCCGCAACGUUUCCGGCCGCAAACCCUGUACAUAGAUCCUUCCUUGCUGAACGUGCCGCAGCAGCUAGUCUGUGUAGCAUCGCCCCCCGCCCCGCCCUCUCUUUUCAAUUUUAUCUGUAAAGUUCGGUGGGUUUUAUGUGUUGGAUAAUAUGUUUUCCUCUCGUCAAAUUUGUGCACUACUGUGGCGAUCAAACCGGGAUCCUGGCUCACCAAAUGGCAUGGCUACCGUGGUUAAUUUUUUAAGCGGUGAUUGCAAUUGUUCCUCCACUGCAGGAUGCUGCAGCUGAGACCCCUCCCUUCCUCCCCGCCCCCCGCCCCCCCCCCCCCGGGUCCCCCAACAAAUUAAAACAACAAAAAUGAAACUUAAA